AUGGGACUCAGCGGCAAAACCCUCCAGACGGCGCAGCUGUUGCUCGUCGUCCUGCCAGCCUUUGUGCUGUUCGGAUACAACCAGUCUGGUGUUGGUGGUCUUCUGUCACUCCGUGACUGGAAUGAUCACUUCCCGGAGAUCAACACCAUCGAUACUCACGGUGCGGAAAAGAGUAGCAACUCAACCAAGCAGGGUGCCGUUGUCGCUAGUUUCACCAUCGGUGCUCUCUUCGGUGCUCUAUCUUGCUCAUGGGUCGGCGACAUCCUCGGACGACGAAAGCUCAUCUUCGGUGCCGCCUUUCUGACUCUGGUCGGCGAGAUCCUGCAAUGCACUAGCUUCCAGCUUGCGCAAUUCGUUGUCGGUCGUCUCAUCCUGGGAUGGGGGGUUGGAGCUCUCAGUGCUACCGUCCCUGUUUGGCAAUCCGAGUGCUCAUCGUCUGCCAACCGUGGUAAGCACGUUGUGCUUGAUGGCUGCUUCAUCUCUCUCGGUUACCUGCUCGAAGCAUGGAUCAACCUCGGUUUCUUCGAACAGGACAACCUGCCUCUACAAUGGCGCAUUCCCCUCGCCAUACCCACUGUCAUCUCGAUCAUUCCCAUGCUCGCCGUGUUCAGCAUCCCCGAAUCACCUCGCUGGCUGGUCGCCAAGGGACGCGUUGAAGAGGCUCGCGUCAGUCUGUCGAGUUUCAAGGGCUUGGAGUUGCACGAUCCCGAGAUUACGACUGAGAUCAGCGGCAUCGAGCUCGCCCUCGAAGAAACCGGCCGCAGCGCAGCGAAGAUGAGCGAUAUCUUUACUAUGGGCAAGGACAAGCUGUUCUACCGCUUCUCGCUGUGUAUCUUCCUCCAGUUCCUGCAGCAGAUGUGCGGUAGCAACCUCAUCUCCACCUACUCGACUAUUAUUUUCCAACAAGGUCUCGGUCUCGACUCCGAAACCUCGCGUAUCCUCUCCGGCGGUGCCUUGACCUGGAAGUUCCUCUCCUGCUUCGUCGCCUUCUUCACCAUCGACCGCUUCGGUCGCCGCAAGCUUUUCAUGUUCAGCGGAGCAGGCAUGGCAUCCUGCAUGUUGGCCCUAGCCGUAGCAUCCAGCUUCCCCACGUCGAACAAGUCCGCACAGAUUGCCAGCGCCCUCUUCGUGUUCCUGUUCAACUUCUUCAUCCCGAUUGGUUUCCUGGGUGCCAACUUCUUGUACUGCACGGAAGUUGCGCCGACGAGGCUUCGUGUGCCUAUGGCGGGUAUUUCCACUGCUAACCACUGGCUCUGGAACUUCGUCGUCAACAUGGUAACACCCGUCGCCAUCGAAACAAUCGGCUGGCAAUACUACCUCGUCUUCCUCAUCAUCUCCGCUAUCAUCCUGCCCAUUGUUUACUUCGGAUACCCCGAGACCAUGGGUCGCAGUUUGGAGGAGCUGGAGAUGAUGUUCACAGAGGGCAAGAGUAUUCGCCAUAUCGUCAAGAUGAGCCGUGAGCCUUUUACUAGCGGGCUUAUGACUGACCAUGUGCUUGAGAAGGUUGGCAAGGAUGAGGAGGAGUAUGCGAACUAA